AUGUAAAUCACCAUUUAAAAUAUCACUAGUGAUCAAAAUUUAGACCUUCAAGCUAGAAACCAUUUCCAAUAAAGUAAAACAUCUGAAUAUGGAUGUGAUAUUUGGGAUUCGAAUUAAAAGAGGUUAUUGAAGAUUAAAUAUCGAAUAUCAACUACAAUUGAACUUUAAAGGUGCAGUUUAGAUGGAGAAAUUCUUAAAAUAGUCUAAAAUAAAAAUUCCUCAUUUAAAUUGGAUUUGUUGACUAAUUUAGAAUAGAUCAAAUAUCUUGAAUGUUUUGAGAAUUAUUUAGGGAAUUAUAUGGAAGUUAGGAAAUGGACUAUGUAUUGGGGAGGAGAGCAAAUAUAAUAAACUGGGGGGUUUUACUCAAAGGAUGGGUUGAAGUAGGGUUUAUGGAAUUAAUUAAUUAAACAAUAUUCAAGGUAAUAUCCACUGACUUAAUAAAUAGUCAAGCCCAAGUAUGCGAAAAAGGAGAAUAUUUUUAUGAUCAAAAAUUUGGUUUAUGGACAUACAUAGAUUAAAAUUAAAUUAUGUAUUUUUAUCCAAUAAUUAUUUUGUGGUGGUGGAUGGUACAGUUCAGAUUUUUAGAAAAAUGGUAAAUGGGUUGAGCUGAGCGAGACUUUUUGGAAUUAAUCCUAAGUUACUUAUAAUGGUGAAUAUAAGGGUGGAAAAAAAGUUAAUAAAUGGGAUACGAUAAUCAAUGGAAAAUAGAUUAUUGGUGGAGGGUUUUACAAUACUUCAGGUUCGAUUAAGAUUGGAAAAUGGAUUGAAGUAAGCGAUGGAUUUUGGGAGAAAUCUUAAAUCACAUAUGUUGGUGAAUAUUAAAAUGGAAAAAAAGUUGGUAGAUGGGACUUUUUUUAUAAAUCCAACUCUGGAGAUUAUACAAAUGAAUUAGUUGGCGGUGGUUCUUACGAUGAUGAUGACAAACAGGAAGGUGUUGGUGUUAAGAUUGGAAAAUGGAUUGAAUUAAAUGAUGGGUUUUAAGAAAAGUCUUAUGUUAUUCUUGUCGGUCAAUAUAAACAUGGUGAAAAAGUUGGUAAAUGGGACAUUUUUCAUUAGUAGAAUAAUAAGAAUGAAUUAAUCGGUGGCGGUUUCUAUGGAGAUAUUGAAAAUUAAGAAGGAAUUGGUAUUAAAAUUGGAAAAUGGGUAGAAUUGAGUGAUGGAUUUUGGGAAAAGUAGUAAAUAAUUUAAGGAGGUUAAUACAAAAAUGGAAAUAAAAUUGGUAGAUGGAAUAUUUUGGAUUCUCGAAGAUAAAUCAUAGGGGGAGGACAAUAUGAUGAGACAUUUUCAUUUAAGUGUGGGAAAUGGAUUGAAUUAAAUGAGAGAUUUUCUUGGGCUUCAUAAGUCACUAGUUAUGGAGAAUAUAAAAAUAAUAAUAAAGUUGGUAGAUGGGAUAUAGUGGCUUGGGGUAAAUAGAUUGGUGGUGGAUCGUAUUAGUAUGAUGAAAACUAAGACUGUGAGACCCUUAAAAUUGGAAGGUGGAAUGAGUUGAGCGAAGUUUAUGGAUUGUAUUCGUACAUAACUAAUAAUGGAGAAUAUAAAAACGGUAAAAAAAUUGGUAGAUGGGACAUUUUGUGGAGAGAGGACGAGAAAAAACCAUUCUAAUAAAUAGGAGGUGGAACAUAUGAUUAAGAAGAUAAGUUAGGAAAUUCAGUAAAGAAUGGUAAGUGGAUUGAGCUAAGCGAUGGGUUUCGAAAGUAUUCCUAAGUUACUUACAGUGGUGAAUACAGAUAUGGCAAAAAAGUUGGAAUAUGGGAAGAGAUAGAAUUAAGGAGUAACAAAAAAAUUAAAUAGAUAAAUUAUUAUAAUUGA